AUGCACACAGCCUUCAUUUCUAUAGACCUAAAGAGUGCAUUCGACACCCUCUGGUGGCCAGCAAUUAAGCAGGCCCUCAGAGGAGCACACUGCCCCUCCAACCUAUUCAACAUCUUCAACAGCUACCUCCACGACCGCCAUAUUCAGCUUGUAAAUAACGACGGUACGACAUCCAAGGUACAAGAAAAAGGUUGUCCGCAGGGGUCCUGUGCGGGACCGACACUCUGGAACCUCACCUUCAAUUCAGUCCUUGAAACCAACUGGCCACAGCAUACAAACAUCACUGCUUAUGCAGACGACGUAGCCCUGCUCGUAAGAGGACGCACCAGGAAAGAACUGGAACGCAACAGCACAGAGACCUGCACCUUAUUUACCACCGCAUGCAACAAAUUAAAGCUCACGAUCUCCAUAGGAAAAAUCGUCAGCAAUAAUAAUUCCCAGACGAGGUACCAAUCCAACUCGUCGUCCAUGCAUAAAACUCCUAGGCCGAAACAUCAAAAUUGCGCGGAAUCUGAAGUAUUUAGGGGUAGUAUGGGACCAAGGUCUCACCUGGAUUCCGCAUAUCAUGGAAACCAGAAACAAGACGUCAAAUAUCGCCCGCAUAGCAAGACAAUUUCAAGGUCGCAACUGGGGCCAAAACCCCCACAUCCAAAAAGUGCUAUACCUCACAGUUGUAGAAAAAAUAGCUUUAUACGCUGCAGUGAUCUGGGCGCAGCCAAUGGGUACUCGCAAGAUCAGGCAACUUACAACGCUACACAACGCCCCUUCGCCCUGCAAUUAAGCAAAGCCUACCGCACAACCGCCACCAGUGCAGCAACAGUUCUAGCCGGCAUAUUACCACUCCAUAUAAAAGCAGAGAUGGAGGCAACUUUUACUAAAUUGAUCCACCUACGCAAAGAUGCAACUUUCGCAAAUACCAGCUACAGUCCAGUCCAGUUCGAACGUCCCUCCACUUCUACCCAUACUCAUCCAGCUCUCAGAGGAAGUGGAACCCACAUCAAAAUUGACAAGCAACAGACUCACACCUCGACACACGCACCACGGAAUGGGAACCAGAUCUACACAGACGGUUCAAAGCAGGAGAAUGGUGUAGGCAGUGCUUUUGUGCACUAUGAGAAUGGCAAAACUGUACACGACUGGCAAGGACAACUUCGCACUCACAAUAGCAUCUUCCAGGCGGAAGUACUGGGAAUUACGGCAGCAGUGCAACAUCUCAUAGAUUGCCAGAUCCCACGAGCAAAUAUCUAUACCGAUAGCCUUUCAACUUUACUUGCACUUGAGAACCAUCAUCAUGUCUCACCUCUCAUACUCAGUCUCCAACAUCUCCUUAUGCAACACCCUCAUUACCAUUUCAAUCUAGUCUGGGUUAAAGCCCAUGCGAAUAAUGAGGGCAACGAGGCUGCUGACACGUUGGCCAAAGAUGCAAUUUCCAACCCGACAGCCCAACCCAUCACCGUACCUGCGCCCUGCUCUUAUCUAAAGGGCCUCCUACGAGAGCAAGGAAUGCACCAAUGGCAACGUGAGUGGACCGAAUGCGAGACAGGCAGACGGACUUUCACCUACCUCCCGAAAGUUUCCGCCGAUCGACUCUUUGCCGUAGCACCUCUCACCUACUUCAUCACGGGUCACGGCCCGUUUCCCAGCUAUUACAAUCGCCACGGCAUCUCAAAUACAGAUAUCUGUGUCUGUGGAUCAGAAGGGUCACCAGACCAUUACGUAUUUGAAUGUCCUUUGACGGCUGCACACCAUCUUCCGCUACCUACAAAUAAUAGGAACGCCUAUCACCGGUUCCUUAUAACGCAUAAAGGAGCGGUUAAUUCAAUCUCCAGCAUCAUGAAUACCAUCGCGGCAUUGGGCACAGACCUUUGCCUACCGUGCUAA